AUGUCUGACACAAAUUCCUACCCUGCGCACGAGGCAGGCUUCCUGGCAUCCCUUGCCCACCUGUACGAGGCAAUCAUUUCGGAAGCCCGAGAGAGUAAGCCCUGCUAUGGCGAAGGCUACCGGGGUCAGCAGCUUACUGAGAGGCGGUACAAUGCAAUUCCGACGCCCACUCUUGGUAUGCGGGGCUCCUUGCCGGGAAUCCCUGAAGAGCCACCGGAUGAGGAGCGGGAGGGAAUGCCCCCUCUCCAGUAUAUUAUCCCGCCGCGAUUCGCUCAGGUUGUGGACGGUAUCUACCGCGCCGGCUUCCCAAAUAUCUUCCACCUUGAUGUACACGAGGCCCUUGGUGUCAAAACUGUUCUGAGCCUGGUCAGUACUGACUACAGCUGGCCUGUACAACACUACAUGGGAAGAAACGACAUUCUCCUCCUUUGUGUCCCGGUGGUGGUCAAUAAGCGGCCAUGCCUCAAAACCACCGAUCACACGGUCAACAUCGUGAUGAAUGUUCUGAUGAAUACUAAAACUCAUCCGAUCGUGAUUCACUGCAAUCAGGGCAAGCACCGCACCGGGUGCAUGAUUGCCUGCUUCCGAAAACUCCAGGGCUGGGGCCACGAGGCUAUCGUUCAGGAGUACCGCGAGUUUGCUGGUCACAAGCCCCGGCCUCUUGACGAGGCCUUCGUCAAAGCCUACAUCCCCCGCCGAGGCUUGCGCAAGGCCGCCAAGCGCAAGGGAAUCGCGUCUUGGGUCGCUGUCCCAGAGCGCUUGACAAGCAAUGGCCCCGACCAGCGCCCACUUCUGGUCCGGGACGAGUCGGAGACUAUCUUCCACAUGUCGAUUUGA